CAGAUUAAAAGUGUGCCUUGGAGGUUGGAGAAGUAACCUCAGCCGCAAGUGACUCUCUCCUUCAGGUAGGCACCGAGCCCUUCCUCGAAACAUUCAGGAAAGCUCUUAAGUGAGUGCUGGUAUCUGUAAGCAUCGGCUUUUGGGGGAAGGAGAGAUUCCCCUGCUCUCUGGAGGCAGAAGCUGUUCGACUCAUGUUUUCUUUGGAUCACAGAAGAAUUGCUCUGAGGGAACAUUCAGUCCUUCCUCUCUGCUUCUCCUGAAAUGACAAGCUUGCUCAUUGCUCUGAAUAGCUAACCCGUACCGGUGCAGUCAUGCAAUUGAUCACUAGCACUUGGGGAGAGGGGCUUGCGUGAAACCUGGCGGGCAGUUCUGUGUCUGCAAUGAAGUGGCCUUUCCUGUGCAGCAUGUUCAGCGUUAGCAGGUACAGCAUCCCGAGACCUGUCACCAGGAAUCUGGAGGAUCUGGACUCAGUGCAAAGUAUCCUGCUGCACAGCGACCUUGAGCCUGAAUGGUUGGACAGUGUGCAGAAAAAUGGGGAAUUAUUUUAUCUAGAACUGAGUGAAGGUGAAGAAGAAACUCUUCUUCAAGACAUCUCUUCGGAGGUGCCUGCAGUGAAUCAUGUCAGGUUCCGUGAAAAUGAAGCUGAGGUUAUUCAAGAGGGAUCACGAAAAGAAAGAAAGUAUGAACCCAGACUGAAAAAAAUCACCAAACUUUUAAAAAAGAAAAGCCUUUUACCAAAGCAUUCUGGUAAGAAAGAAACUGGUGGUAGGGAUGGGCAUCCUUCCGGCCCAACCUCCAUACUGAAACACCAAUCCACUCAGAAGGUGGGAGUCAUAGUCCAGCAACGGUACAAAGAUGUUUGUGUCUAUGUAAAUCCAAAAAGACUACCCAAUGCUGGAGCAGGGGGAAAACUCAAGCUUCUGGAGGCAUUGGUAGGGAUUGUUCAUCAGUCUUCAUGGAGCGGCAGAAGAUCUGAAAAGCAAGGAGAACAAGACAGAAGCAACAAAGGGAUCAAUGAAGAGAAGCUUGUAGUUCAUGGCUUGGUCCCAGGCAGCUCAGCCAUAAAAACAGGUCAAAUCUUGAUUGGAGAUGCCCUUGUUGCUAUAAAUGAUGUUGAUGUGAACACUGAGAAUAUAGAAAGGGUUUUGUCUUGCAUUCCGGGUCCUAUGCAGGUGAAACUUACAUUUGAAACUUCAGUCUUUGAGAAUGAAGGAACAUUUCAACAAAGGUAUAAACAGGCACAGUCAGCUAUGAACAAUCUCGUCAAGCUUCUGUGGGGAGAAGAUAAUAUGGAUCUUCAGCUGGCUAUCCAAGGCAUGCCUCAUAUUGUUAUGUACCUCACACUAAAAUUGGACUCUGAAACAUCUAAGGAUGAGCAAGAAAUUCUUUACCAAUACCCCAUAUCAGAAGCAUCCCAAAAGCUGAAAAGUGUGAGAGGAAUAUUUCUCACUCUCUCUGAUAUGCUGGAAAAUGUGACUGGAGCCCACAUUAUCAGCUCAUCCCUUUUUUUGUGUGGGAAACUGGUUCAGGUGGUUUACUGGAAAGAAUCUGACAAGUUGCUUGUGAUUGGCCUCCCUGCAGAAAGUGUGCCUCUUUCUCAGCUAAGGAACAUGAUUACAGAUGUUGUCAGAACCUUAAACUUUAUGUAUGGUUCUUUGGACAGUGCUUUUUGCCAGGUGGAAAACAUUUCCCGCUUGGAUCAUUUUUUCAACCUGUUCUUCCAGCGAGCAAUUCAACCUGCCAGACUGAACUCGAACGCCAGCCCCAGUGCUCAGCACUAUGAUAGCUGCAGUGCAUUGCUUUUAGACAAUCUCCCAGGAGUACGCUGGUUAACGCUGCCACAAGAAAUCAAGAUGGAAAUUGACACAGCACUGAGUGAUUUGGAGGCAGCUGAUUUUGCAGAGCUGUCUGAAGAUUACUAUGACAUGAGACGGUUGUAUAUGAUUCUGGGAUCUUGUCUCUUCUAUAAGGGCUAUUUGAUUGGCAAUCACUUACCAAAGGAGGAUCUUAUUGAUAUUGCUUUAUAUAGUCGACACUAUUGCCUGUUACCCUUGGCAGCAGAACAGAGGAUUGGUCAGUUAGUGAUAUGGCGAGAAGUAUUUCCACACCAUCACCUCCAACCAAAUGAAGCUUCAGGUGUUACAGGAUACAGGGAGCCUGAAGCAAGAUACUUUUUACUAAUAGUUGGUUUGAGACACUUUAUGCUGUGUGUUUUGCUGGAGACAGGGGGCUGCACUUCCAAAGCCAUUGGGAAUCCAGGACCAGAUUGUAUAUACGUUGAUCAGAUCAAAGCAACUAUACUUCAGUUGGAAGGCAUAGAUUCUAGCAUAGAGGAAAGAUUAGAAUCUCCCUCCAUUCCAUGUCUAUCUUGUGCUGACUGGUUCCUUCCUGCAUCACGUGACAAACUGGAAAGCUUUACAACCCCACCCAUCCUUAGUAAACUACAAAAUACUUCCAAAUCCGCAACCUCUACAACAAGCAAGAGAACACUCUUCACUGACUCCUCCUUAAGGACACGUAAGCCCAGUCCCUCAAGGAGCAGUGGAGGAUCUGACAAUGGCAGUGAAGGUCCUGAAGAAGGUGGAGGCCUUAACCCACUUGCUACACUAGAUCAGGUCCGAAAGCACGAACGAAAAGAAUCCCAAGGUUUUGGCGGGUCUGAGGGAAGUAGUAGCUUGUUCAAGGUCACUAAAAAGAAACAUACCCUUCCAAAUCCUUUUCAUUUAGGAAACCUGAAAAAGAAUCUUUCAGAGAAAGAUAUGGAACUCUACAAUGCUGUCAAGUUGACGUCUGGUCCUGAGAACACCCUCUUCCACUAUAUUUCUUUAGAAACAAUGCAAGGAAUCUUUAUUACUCCAACGCAUAAAGAAGUACAACAGCUUAGUGGCUCCAUCCACCCUCAGCUAAUCAAGAAUUUUCAUCGUUGCUGUCUUUCAAUUCGCUCCAUUUUUCAGCAGGCCAUGAUGAAAGAAAAAAAGAAAAAUGCAGACAGUGGGAGCAAUUCAGAUUCCAGAAAGGCAAGUUCUGACCAGAAUCUAGUGAGAGAACAUGGGGUUUUGUUUGAGUGUUCUCCUGAUAACUGGACUGACCAGAAGAAACCACCACCAACUAUGACUUACUGGGUUGUAGGGAGACUCUUCCUACAUCCAAAACCUCAGGAGUUUUAUGUCUGUUUUCAUGAUUCAGUCACAGAAGUUGCUGUUGAACUGGCUUUUAAACUGUCCUUUGGCUUAGCUACAUAGAUGUGCUUCUGACUAAGCAACAGUCCUGAACCAUGCUGGAAUCCAUCUAAAGCACUUAAAUAUAAACAGAAACUGAGUAAAUCAUGAUGUCCUUCUGUGUGUUCUUUUGAAGUGCUUUAAAAAAAUAAAUCUGCCUUGUGGACUAGCUCUGUUAAACACUGAAGUAACACGUUACUGUAGAUUCACUACAUCAGCAGCUACCUAUGGGAGACGAUGUUUUUGGGAGAAGCAAAAAACAUUAAUUUUAGAUACAGUCAAAUGGAUAAUGAUGAAUAAAAAGAUGGAAUUACUUAUCCUGAGUGUAGCUUUACUACAUAAAAUAUUAGCAUAACAUGUACAUUCCAGUAAUGUCCAAUGUUUAAUAUCAACUACAAGAUAUUACACUUGAUAUACCAUCUAGAUAUUUGGCAGUCAGCAGUAGAAAAAACAUAACUUUCCCUGGUAAUUAAGCACAUGAAGCUCUGAAGGCAUGAACAAUUGCUAGAUGGUUUUAGUACUCCUCUAUUAAUCAAAAUGAAGGGAAAACCAAUAGCAUCUGGAUUAGGGGCUACAAAACACAAAAUUAGCAUGUUAUCUUUUUUAUCCAUUGUGAUCUUUCAUACAGCCAAGGGCUAUAAUAAUACUGAUAUUUUAAUAGAUUUCAUGAAUGGCAUUGUAAAUAACGAAGUGCUACAUUUGUUAUGGAGUAAUUUUGAUUCUUAUGAAAGUAUAAUAGGUACGAAAGUAUGUGAAAAAAGGCUUUAACUGGCAAUUUUGUUUCUGAAAGCUAGGCACGAACAUAACUAUUUUUAUAUGAUGUUGAUGCUUUUAUAAUAAAGAAAUUUGUAUAUUUGUAGGGGGAAAA